AUGGCAGACGACCGCAUCGACCAUCUAAUCCAGGCCUGCGACGACCCCGCAAGUCAUUACCCCGCGAGACUUCAGCAUACCCAGCUUUUACCACACUCCUUGCAACAAUAUUUAGAACAGCUUGACGAAAGAGAGUCGCGGGUCUUUUCAAAGAGCACUGAUGAUUGGGAUAUUCAAUUCUGGGAUUGUUUCGAUGGGCAGAAUGAGUUCUUCCCGUCACCGUAUGAUUGUGACUCUACGGAAUCUACCAGAGCGUAUUUGUUGAAGAGUCCCCAUCAUGAUCCGCAAUGUCGACAUGUCUUCAUCGAUGCGGAUAAUUCUUGGCAACCGCUUAAUUGUUCACGAGAGAUGGUCACGCUACUCUUCACUUUCCACCAAGUGAUGCCUCAAUUUUUGGACAUUGUUCUCUCUUUCGGAACUGUCGCCGGACGCAGCAUUCCAACGGCGUUCCAUCGUUGCGUUUUUCGCUACGAGAAUUUCACAGGCCUAAAUCUUCGGCGUUUUGAUAUUCCACAGCUAGGUCGCUCAGGGCACGAAAUUCGCCUUUGUUAUAACCUCUGGUCUGCCGAGAAAGCCAGCAAACGACAAAUCUCCACCCACGAAUGGAACGUUCGUCAAGCUGGUAUAUACCAUUCGUUUGAUAUAGACUCUGGAAGGGCUACUUGGAUUCACAUCAAGACGAAUAGACUUCUACAGGACCGCAUCACAAGGGCGACGGCUUAUGCUGAGCGGUUGCAGGCUACGGCCAUACAGACUGUGGAAGGCUCGUUUUCGGCUACUCUUCUUACACAUCUCAUCAUGAUUGAAUGGUGCGGUGAGAAUUGGUCGCAGUAUCUGGGUUACUGGGAGUGCCGAGUGAAGAAUGUGCUGACCAAAGUCAAGAUGGCCCCAAUCGGAAAAGUCGAAAAGUGUCUCAUGGAUGACCUCUCCAAACCUCCUCAAGCGCUAGGUCCUAAUUCACGACAGGCCUCUUUUCGAGUUCAAAGUAGGAGAGGGACAAUGGUCAGUGGCAAGUCGUCUCGCGUAACUUCUAGAAGGAACACGAUGGCAAGAAGUAAUUCUAUCCCACUCGUCGAUCUUUCAUCUCGCGUACAGUCCAUUUUAACAGGGAAGAAGGCGACAGUACAAUCUACGCGUAUGAUUGAUGAACCAGUAGAGGUUGAAGAAGACCCCAUCGAGAUAUUCGAUGAUUUCAAGUUUGAGGAUCUCCAGCGCCUCCACUCUUUCAGCACUACGCUUCAAGAGGCAGACAUGAUUCUAAGACUAAACAUUGAUAUUCUUCGCGAAAUAGUUGAUUACUAUAAAAGCUGGAUUGAAGAUUCAGAAACACCUGAGCAGAUAAAGAGAGGUUGUCGCUUAGAUAUGAGCCACUUCUUUCAGAGAACAAACCGCAUCAUACGGGAGAUGAGCACAGAAAGAACACGCAUCUCUACCCUCAUAGUUCUCCUGGAGGACGGAAAAGCUAUAUUUGAUGCGAUCACCCAAUUGCGCAACAUCGAGUUAAACCGACGUGCUUCUAAAAGAGUGGAAGAAAUGACUGAAGACAUGCACGAGUUAACAAUUCGAACCAAGAAGGACACAUCAUCAAUGCACUUUAUCACGUUCGUGACGCUGGUGUUCCUGCCAGGAACGUUCGUUGCCGUAAGAUAUGCGCUGCCGACGCUCUGGGGUUUUUUCAGCUUACGUCUGACGACUAAUGACCAGACAUUCCUCGGCGCCGGCUUCUAUCAAUGGCCGCAACCAUCGGAUGGGGAUGCACCGGCGGUAUCCCCAGACUUUCGGCCCAAGUAUUUCUUUCUGUUCCUCGAGAUCAGUCUAGGGUUAACUCUUGCAACGGUGCUUCUAUGGUGGGGCAAGACCUCGUUGCUACCCCGGGUCAUGGAUCAGUAUAGAGCGAUGAGGCGCAUAAGGAAACAGGAAGACAAGGAGGCCCUGGUUGGCAGCCAUUCUGCAUAG